AUUUUGUUCGUUUUUCAGAUACUGGGCAACUUGAAGAUUGAGAAAGCCAAGCACCUUUGGUAAACAUACACAAGUCACCACAAAACAGAAGUCAAGGUGUGGAAAUGCUCUUGGACCAGGAAACUAAAGGUUGCUUUCUGGCUUGCAGUGAUCUGGCCCUUUUAUUUGUGUACCGAGCUUCUAAUGUGAUAAAGCAAGAGGGCUCUUCACGAGAAAUGAUCUCCAGUAACUGAUUGCGUCGAGGACGUAACCACUCAGCCGUUGAUGCUGACCACAGCAUGGAUCUUAACCCGUCACCUUUUGCUUUAUUGCACAUUGUUCUUUUUAAUUAAAGUCCCACAAUGGAUGGAUAUAACACAGCAAGCCCAUCAAUCACUUGCAACUUUUCAUUACAAGAACUAAAUGAAUCAUAUUAUUGCAAUGAAAGCGUGACCAGCGAUGGCCUUCUGGACACCAACAGGCAUUAUUUCAUUGGGCUCCUCUUAUCAUGCCUCUACACAGUCCUGCUUUUCCCUAUAGGAUUCAUCGGAAACCUCAUGAUUUUGGUUGUAAACAUUCGGUUCAGAGAAAAAAUGACCAUCCCAGAUUUGUACUUUAUCAACUUGGCUGCUGCCGACCUCAUUCUGGUGGCCGACUCAUUAAUUGAAGUGUUCAACCUGAACGAGAAAUAUUAUGAUAUUACUAUACUUUGCACCUUCAUGUCACUUUUCCUUCAAAUCAAUAUGUACAGCAGCGUAUUCUUUCUCACAUGGAUGAGCUUUGACAGAUAUAUUGCACUGACAAAAGUGAUGAAAUCAAAUAUAUUUCGAACUAAAGAGCAUGCACGGUUAAGCUGCGGGCUAAUCUGGAUGGCCUCCAUAUCGGCCACGCUGCUGCCAUUCACUGCCGUCCAGGUGCAGCAUACAGAGGACGGUCAUUUCUGCUUUGCGGAUGUCAAAGAGAUCCAAUGGUUGGAAAUUACACUGGGGUUCAUCAUUCCUUUCGUGAUUAUUGGCCUCUGCUAUUCUUUGAUCAUUCGGGUGUUGGUCAGGGCACACAAGCACAGAAACUUGCGACCGAGGCGGCAAAAGGCGCUGAGAAUGAUCGUGGUGGUGGUCUUGGUUUUUUUUAUUUGUUGGCUACCGGAAAACGUAUUUAUUAGCAUUGGACUACUGCAAAGCGGCAACGGCCAGCAAGAUGAGUCUUUCAGACACAGUCACCCCCUUACGGGACACAUUGUCAAUCUGGCAGCUUUCUCCAAUAGCUGCUUAAAUCCUCUGAUUUACAGUUUUCUUGGCGAAACCUUUAGGGACAAACUUCGCCUGUACAUCAAGGACAAGAGGGGCAUGUCUGCCUUCAAUAGGUUCUGCCAAGUAUCACUUAAGUCGGUCAUUCCUGACAGCACAGACGGACAUUCUGACAUCAAAUAUAACAGUGGAGUGUAAAUAAAGUGGAUUUGUCUGUAUGCUUUAAAGGGGUACUCCACUGGUCAGUGUUUCGAAGUAUCUGUUUUUGCGCUGCGGGGGUCGGACACGUCUCCCUCCUGACAUC